UGUGAAUCUCUCUCCUCAGAUUCAUCUGCUGAAGACGUCGCCAUUUUCGAAAAUGAUAUUCGUCUUCCACCUUUGGAGUCUGAUGCGGCCAGCGGUGAAUUCUCCAAUGCCCUGCGCAUGACGACCAGACUGUGGCCUGGAGGCGUUGUACCAUACGUUCUGCAUGCUAGCAUAAUAAACCGCUCGGGACACAUGGAGGCACUGCGCAAGGCGAUGGAAAUCUGGGAAAACAACACCUGCGUUAAGUUUGUAAAGCGGACAACAGAGUCUCGUUAUGCGUACAUCUACUAUGGGUCUAGCGGCUGUAACUCCAACAUUGGAGCGCUGAGAAGCAGGCCAUCUGCACUUUCUCUGGGUUACAACUGUGGCCUAGUUUCCAUAGCAGCACACGAACUCGCUCAUCUUCUGGGAUUUGCACAUGAACAAAACAGACCAGACAGAGAUCAAUACGUUGACAUACAGUGGCAAAACAUUGCUCCAGCUAAUCAUAAGAUAUUUGGCAAGAAAAGUCCUUGGGCCUUUCAUAGUUUUGGUACACAGUACGACUACAAGUCUCUCAUGCAUUAUGGCCGCUACCAUUUCUCCAAAAAUGGUAAACCAACCAUUGUGUCACGUGACCCCAAAGUUAAGUGGUUUGGUAACCUUUCGCCAAGCGAGUUGGACAUAAAAGAGAUGAAUCUCCUGUAUUCUUGCCCAGAAAUUCCAGUUUUUCCAGAUCAUUUUUCUCUCAGAUCCGAAACGUCCACAUCUCUCAUCUGCGUUGCUAUAGACCAGCCACGUGACACAGAGUGGAGUGUAAAAUACUUAUGCUAUAAGCCCGCCUUGAAGAAGCUCACCAUCACGUGGUCGCCCAACGGGACAAUUGUUGGACAGCAUUGUAUAAAUACGCGCAUGCCUUAUGAACGUGCUGCCGCAGUCUGGGAAAACAGCUUUCUCUGUGUGCCGCACGACAGUUUGUUGAAAUUCAGCUGGUCAGUUUCUGGCCAGGUACCGGGGAAAGAAUGUCUGGAAGUGAGAAGAACAACAAGAAACACAAGAGGAUACUUCCUCUGCGGAACAUCAAAGUUCAAAAAGAUCGAUGGUGGUUGGUCGAGGUGGUCCUCAUGGCGUUCAUGUUCCGAGAAGUGCGGAGGUGGAUUUCGAAUGCGUACGCGAUCAUGUGACUCGCCCAAACCCAAAUAUGGUGGCGCUCAAUGCAGGGGAAACUACUACCAAACCAUUUCAUGUAACACAGAAAACUGUCCUGAAUUUCCUUCAUGGCCGCACGAUUUCAGAUUUCAGUUCAUAAGUUUCACUCCCAAACGACAGAAAUGCAUCUUUAUAUACGAGAGGUAUCAGUACAGCGCAUGGGCCCGCGCGCGCCUCUGCUGGCCGAGUAACAAGAGAGACGUGGACAUCCGUUGGUCUGACUGGGGAGAUAUAUCUGGUAUGAGAUGCACACGGAUCACGCAGCAAAGUGGGCGAUAUCAACCUAAUGGCUGGCACGAUAAUUAUUUGUGCGUACCAAAAGACUCACCAUACGUCUUUACAUGGUCGACAAACGGGCGCAUUAAAGGCUUGCAAUGUUUACAAUGGCAAAACGACGCUUUCAGCCGUCGUAAACUCUGGCAGAACAACUACCUGUGUGCUAACGAGUAUCCCAAACCAACAGUGUCCCCUGUUACAGGCUGCUAUCCAAAGUGGCGCUCUUUCUUUGUAAACCGAGUUCCACAUUGUUACCUUGUUCUCCCCAAUAAACGCUUAAAGUGGGAAGAAGCAGAGGAAUUCUGCAAUGAUGAGAAGUCACACCUGGUCAGUAUAAAGAGCAAAGAAGAGCAAAACUUCAUCAGAAGCAUCAUUGGAAGCAACGCGGUAUGGAUUGGGUUCCAGAAGAAACGCGAUUGGCAGUGGACAGACGGGAGCAGCGUUGAAUAUCUCAAUUGGUCCAGUGGUGAACCCAACAAUGGCGGCGAAGGAAGCCCUGAAAAAUGCGCCAUGAACAGUGCAAGAAGCGGACAGUGGAAUGACUUCCCUUGUGAUACAAAAUUCAGUUUUAUCUGCAAAAUGAGAGGAGGUUCAUAACUCAUUCAAGAAAGUUUAAGGGGAUGGCAAUAAGCCCAUUGAAUGUCUAUAAUUUACUUUAUUAUUCCACUAUUGCGCUAUGUUGCUAUAUUAGGACAAAAUAUGAGCUAGAGUCUUGCGAACUUGCCUUAUAAGACUAGCCUGCGAACAGGCUCCCGGCGAGGUCGGAAAAAAAUUUCGGCGAGCGCGAAACAGAAGAAUUCGGAGAGCAAAGCGAUCGGGGCGGGGACUAUAUAAGGCCGGUAGGAUUUCAGUCAGGCCCCGGCCACACUACGCUGGAGAAAUUUGAUAACGGCGUUUUCACUCUGGAAACGAAUCAAAUGUUUUCCGUCCACACUACACCAGAGAAAUUUGAAAACGCAAUAAUCACCGGUCAUUUUGGAUUUGUGCUUGAGGAAAACUCGUGCAAGGAAAUCACAUGAUUAUCGUGAUGCCCUCAUUUUCGAAAAGCUCCGUUUUCAAAAUGUUUUCCGUCCGCACUAACGCACAGCCGGCCUUUUCAAAUUCGUCCCUUCGCCGAAGGGCCUUCGAUGUCGGAAAAAUACCACGCAACUCGCAAGAUGUCCGCGCGUAUCAUAUGUUAAACCAUGAAAUUAAGUGUAUUUAUAUGUGCGCUGUAAUAUCAAUGAGGCAAUAAACCUUUAAACCUCUCUGACCGGCAUGCCAGUUGGGCUUAUGAACUGCCUAGUCGACUCCUAGAAUCAGAACAUAUAUAUUUUUUCGAGUUAUCAGUUUGAGCAUGUCACCACUCCGGUAAUACAGAAUCGUAACAGGAAUAUGUUAGAUAGGAAAAUAUAAGGAUAUGUACGGAAAUUUAUCGCUAGUAAUGUCCGACAAUUAAAAUCCAGCCGCAAGGAACAAAGGCUGGUCAGUAAGAUAUCGACCAAGGAUAGAAAUUUCCUAAUACAUUUACACGGCUAAAAUAUAAAAAUAAACGAUUGGAAAAACA